AUGCAUAUCCAGUCGAUGUCAACGAUAGUCUCCAGAGCCAAACCGUGUGACGAAAUAAUUGUUAUCGGGGACUUUAAUUUACCUAGUUUGUUUUGGCGCCCCUCUCGAGACGGAUUUCUUUAUCCCGACCCGAAUCAUUCAACAUUCCAUGCCUACGCUCUGGAUCUUUUGAAUGGUUACAGCGCUGCAGGACUGCAGCAAAUCAACUGCAAUGCAAACAAGAAUGGGCGUUGUCUAGAUCUUUGCUUCGUCAGCAUUAAUGAUACGACACCGCUGCUAGCUCUCGCACCUGAUCCUCUCGUAAAAAACGUUGCUCACCACCCGGCACUUGUUUUGUCGCUUGACGAUCGAUUCAAAGUCGAGUAUCGGGAGCCUCGCACUCGACUUAAGCUCAAUUUCCGGCGAGCCGACUUUGACGGUUUGUUAAACGCGCUGCUAACAGUUGAUUGGAUUGCCGUUUUAAAUCCAUCCGAUAUCGAUUUGGCUGUUAACGAUUUUUCUUCCAUUUUGAACGACCUAAUAGAUGCGUUUGUGCCGAAAACACGAUACAGAUCGCAUAAAUACCGUCCCUGGCAAUCACCAGCAUUGCGUCGUUUGAAAAAAUUGAAAAACUCCGCGUUGAAGCGGUUCUCAGCGACAGGCGCUCUUUUUCUUUGCGAUCACUACCGAAAGCUGAACUACGAGUACAAAAGACUUCGUCGACGGUGCUACUCGAACUACAGACGCCAUAUAGAAGGCAAACUGAGAGCUGAUCCGAAGAAAUUUUGGAACUUCGUCAACGAACAACGGAAGGAGUCAGGUUUACAAUCCACGAUGGAAUGGGCUGGUGAGAAAGCCGAUAAUGUUGCUGCUAUUUGCCGAAUUUCCGCUGCAAAAUUCUCAAGCGUGUUCAGCAACGUAAUACUAACAGAUGGAGAAAUUUCUGAUGCUGCUAAUAACGUCCCUUUCCCUGGGCACUCCAUGGCUUUGAUCAACAUUGACGAUAACGCAAUCCUUGCUGCUUCUAGAAAAUUGGGCCCGGAUGGAAUCCCAGCUACGAUGCUUAAGAAAUGCAUUACUGGAUUGCUUACACCGCUCACCCAUUUGUUUCGUUUGUCACUUACGACUGGUCGAUUCCCUACAACCUGGAAGCAGGCCUUCCUGUUCCCGGUUCAUAAAAAGAGCGAUCGCUCGAAGCGAUCCUGUGCUACAAACUUGCUCUGCUUGACUAGCUUCGUGUUCGCCAGUUUUGUUCACCGACAUCAAACGGACGUUAUCUACACGGACCUUUCGGCUGCCUUCGACAAAGUGAAUCAUCGAAUCACCGUUGCCAAACUCGAUCGAUACGGAUUCAGUGUUAACUUGCUUUGCUGGUUAGAGUCCUACCUGUUGGGGCGAACUCUCAGAGUGAAAAUCGGUGACGAAAUCUCCCAACCAUUUGUCGCUACUUCCGGAAUUGCCCUUGGUAGUCAUCUUGGCCCAUUGGUGUUUCUGUUGUAUUUACAUGAUGUAUAUCACUCGCUAAAAUGUCCUCGUCUCGCGUUCGCUGACAAUUUGAAGCUGUUGACGGAAUCAAGAACGUCGAUGACGCCACUUAUCUCCAACAACAACUCAACUUAUUCGCACGUUGGUGCAAGCUAA